UAGAAGACAGAACCAGCUCAGGGUCCUGGGGGAAUGCAGGACAUCCGAGUCCAUCCCGGAACUAUGGAGAUGGGACUCACUACGACCACAUGGCCAGCAGAGACCUCGGCUCCCACGACAAUCUCUCUCCUCCCUUUGUCAAUUCCAGGAUACAAAGUAAAACAGAACGAGGUUCCUACUCAUCAUAUGGACGAGAUUCCAACUUACAGGGCUGCCACCAGCAAAGUCUCCUGGGAGGGGACAUGGACAUUGGCACCCCCGGAGCGCUGUCCCCGUCCAAGCCCGGCUCCCAGUACUACCAGUAUCCCAGCAAUAAUCCGCGCCGGAGGCCUCUCCACAGCUCCUCCAUGGAAGUUCAGACAAAGAAAGUUCGGAAAGUUCCUCCGGGUUUGCCAUCCUCAGUUUAUGCUCCCUCAGCCAGUACUGCCGACUACAACAGGGAUUCUCCGGGUUAUCCCUCCUCCAAACCAGCAGCCAGCACUUUUCCCAGCUCCUUCUUCAUGCAAGAUGGCCACCACAGCAGCGACCCCUGGAGCUCCUCCAGCGGGAUGAACCAGCCUGGCUAUGGGGGAAUGCUGGGCAACUCUUCCCACAUUCCCCAAUCCAGCAGCUACUGCAGCCUCCACCCGCACGACCGCUUGAGCUACCCAUCCCACUCCUCAGCUGACAUCAACUCCAGUCUUCCUCCGAUGUCCACGUUCCACCGGAGCGGGACCAACCACUACAGCGCCUCGUCCUGCACCCCUCCGGCCAAUGGCACCGACACCAUCCUGGCCAACAGAGGAAGUGGGGCAGCGGGAAGUUCGCAGACUGGUGAUGCCCUGGGGAAAGCACUCGCCUCUAUCUAUUCUCCAGAUCACACCAACAACAGCUUUUCAUCAAAUCCUUCAACUCCUGUUGGUUCUCCCCCUUCUCUCUCAGCAGGAACAGCUGUUUGGUCUAGGAAUGGAGGUCAAGCGUCAUCAUCUCCCAAUUAUGAAGGUCCCUUACACUCCCUGCAGAGCCGGAUCGAGGACCGGCUGGAGCGGUUGGACGACGCCAUCCACGUGCUGAGGAACCACGCGGUGGGAGCCGCCCCCAUGGCCGGCGCCCACGGGGACAUGCACGGGCUGCUGGGCGCCCACAAUGGCGCCAUGGCCGGGCUGGGCGCCGGCUACGGCACCGGGCUGCUCUCGGCAAACCGCCACUCCAUCAUGGUGGGAGCGCACCGGGAGGACGGGGUGAGCCUCCGCGGGAGCCACUCGCUCGUGCCCAACCAGGUGCCUGUCCCGCAGCUUCCCGUCCAGUCAGCCACGUCCCCGGACCUGAACCCGCCCCAGGAUCCCUACAGGGGAAUCCCGACAGGACUGCAAGGCCAGAGUGUCUCGUCGGGCAGCUCUGAGAUCAAAUCUGACGAUGAGGGCGACGAGAACCUCCAGGACACCAAGUCUUCAGAGGACAAGAAACUGGAGGAUGACAAGAAGGAUAUCAAAUCCAUUACUAGGUCAAGAUCUAGCAAUAACGACGACGAGGACCUGACCCCCGAGCAGAAGGCGGAGCGGGAGAAGGAGCGGCGCAUGGCCAACAACGCGCGGGAGCGGCUGCGCGUGCGCGACAUCAACGAGGCCUUCAAGGAGCUGGGCCGCAUGGUGCAGCUCCACCUCAAGAGCGACAAGCCCCAGACCAAGCUCCUCAUCCUCCACCAGGCCGUGGCCGUCAUCCUCAGCCUGGAGCAGCAGGUCCGAGAACGGAAUCUGAAUCCAAAGGCCGCGUGCCUGAAAAGAAGGGAAGAAGAGAAGGUCUCCUCAGAUCCGCCCCCACUGUCCCUGGCAGGACCCCACCCUGGGAUGGGAGAUGCCUCCAAUCACAUGGGACAGAUGUAAAAAGGUCCAAGUCGCCGCAUUCCUGCCUGGAAAAGCGAGAGACCACUUCCUUAUCCGAUGUAUUUCUCUUAAAUUCCCACAUAAACACUUCUCCUUGCGAAACCCCUUUGUUUUGUAAAGAUAAGACAAGUCUGAGCAGUUCCGAAUCCCAGACGCAAAAAGAGAUUCCAGCAUUCCCAAGGGAAAAAAACAAACAAACAAAAAAAAAACCCACGGAACCCAACAAGAAAAAAAACGAAACAAAAAAAGUGCAACUUCUGGAGGGAUGACUCUCUUUGAACAUAUCAAGCAGAAUGUCCAACUUGGAAUUCCGAGACUGAAUGGCAAUCUUUUUCCACACUGUGGGACAAUGCAUUUGUGCCUAAAAUUCCUUGGGUUUUUUGGGUUUGGUUGGCUUUUUUUCAGUUUCGUUUUUGUUUUAUUUUUUGGUGGGUUUUCAGUGUUUUUUUU